CUUCUUCGUUGCACGCUUUUCCGAGGUGAGUUUGGGGGACCUGCCGGGAACAUUCCCUCUUUCAGGGGAUCACUUAACACCUCCAAAGUGACUUCCGGUGCACGUUCCCGGGUGCACCGGGUGCACCCUGCGCGCCCCUACUUCGGAGCCGGAGAACGCUGGGGACGAGCGGGGCCAGUUCCGGAACGUGACGCAUGUUCCGGUGUACUGCCGUACUGCCUUUCAAAAUGGCGCAACCGUUGCAACCGCCCACGCUGUUUGUGUUUUCCGAGUCAUCCGAUAUCGGCGGAACAUCAGGGUACGCACUAGCGUCUGUUGAGCGCGAAGAUGGAUCAGUGGUACUGCUCCACAACAGCAGCAGGAGUACGGGGGCGGCCACACCAGCAGGAACUAGCUUGCUUCGUCCCAUCAGCGAAAGACUGACAGAUGUAGGUCUGCAAAACAGCUUCAGAGCCUCACAAUGCGCUGGGCAAACGCUGCCUACAAGUGCAUGUUUCUCAUCAACGACGGCGUGGAGCCUCUUGGCACAGCCAGAAGCCCAAGUUAGCGCACGUAUGGUAUACGUGCCUUAUUGAACACACGGUGAAGAAGGAGCUAACACUAACCAUGAGCAUCUAUCUGGUGAAGAAGGCCCAGGGUGGACACCGCGAAGCACUCUCCUCCUAAUCUCACUUUACGGAAAAUUUAAAGAUGAUUUUGAUGACAGACGUCAGAAGAAGAAGCAUGUUUGGAGAAAGUUGGCUGAUGCAUUCAAGCAGCACGGCACUACAAAGUCAGCAGAAGAGCUGGAAGAAAAAUUCAAAGGUCUAAAACGAACCUACACAAAACAUAAAUCAAACCGGAGAGCAACAGGGAGAGGGCGAAAGGAGUGGAUUUUUUUUCAAGCCAUGGACGAUAUUCUGCGAAAUACUGCAGCAUACACAGCCCCCGUGGUAGUGUCAGGGGGAACGGAGGCAGUACAACGAGAAGUUGGAACAGAGGAAGAGCCAGCCCAAAGCAGUGAUGUGGAACACCAGCAGUUCAUGCCGGAGCCCAGCACAUCACAACAAGAGACAGCAGCAGGUGCCUCACAAGUACGGAGACCGCGGCGUAAUGCAACACUCCUGAAUGACAUUUUGAAAAAAAUUGAUGAAUGGAAGGCAGAGGAUAGGGAAAGAUACAGGCAACUGCUAAAGUUACAACGCCAGAAGCUUCGCCUUCUCAAAGAACUAGUUCAACAUGUUCGUGCUGGUGCCACACAGUGACGUAACCUUAACGUAGGUGUAGUCAACUAGUAAGUUGCAGCAGACUCUCGUUAAUACAAACUGAUAAUUGAAACACUUGGUUAAUUGAAGUUAAUCUAAAUUUUUUUUUUAAAUAUGGAAGUCGUUCAAAAAAGCCAAACAGUGGCAGGAUUUGAACCACGCAUGUCUUGACUGCCAAUCAAGAGGUGCAUGGUUCAAAUCCUGCCGCUGUCUGGCUUUUUCGAUGACUUCCAUAUUUGAACUGUUCAUGUUCUAAGGUGUUGAGGCUAGUGUUGUGUUUGUCUGUUUGUGUGUUCCAGCCUCAGAACAGUUAUUUUCCACUGAUUUUUUUAUUUGGCCUGCUAUACGGGGUGUUGACUUUACCAGGAACCGCAUUUUUAUUACACAGCUUUGAAACUACUUAGAUGCAGAUUUCGCGGGUGGGUUAUAUAGUCUAGUGGACAACUCAUGAGGGAUAUUUUGUAAUGUAGUAGUAAGUUUUUUGUGACUAAUUUGCAUAAGUAUUCCAGAUACAAGAAGGAACGUUUUAGUUAUGGCUGCUGUCCUUGUUACAGCACUAGUAUGCCUCUGUGACAUAAUUUUCUCUUGUAGCAUAUCACGGACGAGGACACCAGCAACUUGGUGUCAGGGUACAAGUUGCUUAAACAGUGUUUUCCGCGAGGGAUGUUAAAUACGGGAUGCCGUGUGUUGAGAUUUCAGUGCACGUUAAGAACCUCCAGGACGGAAAAAUUAAUGAACAAACCGACCAAAGUGGCGUCGCUCCGGAUCAUAGUCGUCUUGCAAUGCAAAGUCACAAAAUAUUGAAAUCUUCUAGCAUAUAUUUGCACGAGUGUUUGAAUUAAUGAGAGUCUGCUGCUUAGUUUCCUAGUUGGGACUUUUCGAAAGGGCUUUCCUAAAGUGGUUGUUUUGUGACUGACAAAGCGUGUGAGCAACGCAGCAUGUGCGAGGAUAGCAGUUUAUAAAUAUAACGACUUUAUUAACUAGCACAACAUGCAUACACUGAAGAGAGUUGAAAUGUAUUCAGUCUUUACACACAGUUGUGUGUUCUCACAUUGUCCGUGCUGACUUUUCUACCGAUGCUUGUCAUUGUUCAUUUUUUUCAUGUUCAUUGUUCAUUUGUCAUUUUUUUCGUUGCACUAUUUUGUAACAUGUUCACAACACUCCUGAGGAUGUUCCUGUAGCACGGAUAGAAAAGUUAUUGGAGUUUUUUUUAAAGUAAACAUAAACUGCCCCAUGAGAGUUGCACGUGGUUUGUGGAAGUUCCAAGAUAACGGUUGUGAUAUAGCUGUGAUACAUUCAUUUAAGUAUACCUGCUUUUUCUUAUCUAUUUUUUUAUAGUGCAAUGCACAUUCACAGUGUGAUGUAUUUGAGUAAUUGUUGGUAGCUCAAACAAAUAAAUUAAUUUACAGUGC